CUCCGUUGCUGCCCUGGGGCCUCCUCGCAGCCUCGGAUUCCGGCCCAGCCUCUCCCGUCGCCUGGCUCAUGGCGUUACCCUUCUCCCUAAUCCUCGCCAUUUGCACUGGACCUGGCAUUUUAGGGUCUUUGUCCAGAGUGCGGCUAGUGGGAGGUGACCACCGCUGUGAAGGUCGUGUGGAGGUGCAGCAGGAUGACGAGUGGGUCACCGUGUGUGAUGACUACUGGAACAUGGACUCUGUGGCCGUGCUGUGCCGGGAGCUGGGCUGUGGAGCAGCCAGGAAGACCAUGAGUGGCACUGUGUAUGGACCAGUGACACCAAAGGACCAAAAAGUCUUCAACCACCUGUUCAGAUGCAGUGGGAUCGAAGAAAGCCUGUCUCAGUGUGAGAAGGAAGAUGCAAUCGGAUGCUCCCAUGUUGAGGAUGCGGGAGCCGUGUGCGAGCUGCCGGAGAGUGUGAGGCUGGCCGAUGGCCCCGGGCGCUGCCAGGGCCGAGUGGAGGUGAAGUUCCGAAGGGAGUGGAGCUCUGUGUGCCAAGCAGGCUGGAGCUUUGCAGCCGCCAAGGUGGUGUGCCGGCAGCUGGGGUGUGGACGGGCCACCCUGACCCGGAAAGGCUGCAACAAAGCGACCCGGGGCCAAGGGGCCAUCUGGCAGAGAAAGGCGUCAUGCUCAGGACAAGAAGUGAGCCUUCAAGAUUGCCUUUCUGAAGUUUGGGAACACAACUGUACCCACAAUGAGGACGUGUGGGUCGAAUGUGAAGAUCCCUUUGGCUUGAAGCUGGUAGGGGGACGCAGCCACUGUGAGGGGAGGCUGGAGGUGCUGCACAAGGGCGAGUGGGGCUCUGUCUGCGACGACGGCUGGGGACAAGAAGCAGACCGGGUGGUGUGCAGGCAGCUGGGCUGCGGGCAGCCCCUGUCUCCACCUGUCAAAGUCCGGAGAAGGUUCGGCCCCGGGGUCGGCCGCAUCUGGCUGGACGACGUCAACUGCUCGGGGAAGGAGCCGUCCCUGGAGCAGUGCCCACACAGGUCCUGGGGCUACCACAACUGUAACCACAGAGAGGACGUGGCUGUGGUCUGUGAAGAACAGCAGUCUGGCCUACUUGAUGCUUGA